CAACAUCUGUGCUGUGUUUGAGAUCUCAAAACAGCCAAAUCACCAACAUUAAUUAACUCACCGAGAUGCACUCUCGUGGAACUGAAAGAAGCCAGCAACCUCUAUGCUCAUAAAAUCAAGCCCAAUUCUUAUAAUAGCUAGCCAAUCAAGCUGGAUCUCUGCCAAUUGAGGCUCUUGUCAUCAACUGAUCUCCAGCCGCAAGGAGCAAGCUAUCUACCUAGGUAGUUUAUCUUCUACUUUUUUGUUUUAUGAAAGCAUAGGUAGGAAGAAGAUGACUCCGUGCAUUCCACGGUUGCAUCUCUUCGAGAUUGCCGACCAGCCCUGGUUUCCAGCCUUCCUCCGAGCAUACGUGCAAACGGGCCUGACGCAUGCCUGGACAACACACAUCCCGGUCCUCCAAACCAGCAGUCCAGCAACGCACGUAGCUAACAUCCUCCGGCGCGAGCUCGGCAGCACAUCCGCCUCAUCCUACACCUACAUCGACUUCUGCGCGGGCGCGGGCGGUCCAACGCCGUACAUAGAGCGAGCGCUAAACCAGCAACUGCGCAGUCCAUCAUCACCCCAACCCCCAAGCUACGCAGCCGUAGCCUCUCAAAGCCCCAAUGACGACACAACAACAACAACGCAGCACCCGCCGUCGCCGCCAAAUACAGACCAAGGCGUCAAAUUCGUCCUAACAGACCUGCAUCCGCACGUCGAGAGCUGGGAGAAGGCCGCGCGCGCAAGCCCACACCUCACAUACGUCUCGACGCCCGUCAACGCAGCCGACGCGCCGCCGGAGCUGAUCACGCAGCACAAGGCGGCCGGCAAGGGCGUCUUCCGCCUCUUCAACCUCGCGUUCCACCACUUCGACGACGAGCUCGCGAGGGCGAUUCUCAAGAAUACGGUCGAGACAAGUGAAGGAUUCGGGAUCUUCGAGCUACAAUCCCGCAACUUGUCUUCCUUCGUCUCAUGCAUGCUGUUCGGCUUUUUCAUCUUCUUGAUCGCGCCUCUGCUGUACUGGUGGUCGCCACAGAUCCUCUUCUUCGUCUACGUGGUCCCUAUCGUGCCUUUCGUCCUCGUCUUCGACGGGUUAAUAUCCAGCUUGCGCACGCGAACAGCUGACGAGAUUGAGGUGCUUCUACGUACGUGUGGUGCAGCGGAUACGGUAGAUUGGACGGUGUACAGCGGCUCGGAGACUUUUCUAUGGCCUUGCGGAUACUUGACGUGGAUCAUAUGUACGAAAAAGAGGAACGGAUAAGGCAAGUCAUAGGACUGUAAUGUCCCAACUUUGUUGCUGUAACAUUUGCAUUUGCAUCAUCGCAUGACGGGUUUAUCAAUUAUUCGGUCUUGUAGCAUGAGAACGCGACACUUGGAAGUGUAGAAGGUGAGCGAAAAAGCUAUGACUCGGAGCUAUACAUACAUUAGAUACUCAGCUUUAUUACCUCUAGGGCCGCUCGCACUUAAGAUGCUUGACGUCUGCGGGUCCUUUGCCCGGCUUAACCAU